CGCACGCAACCGAUUUUGAACCGUGCCAGCGCAAUGUUCCGCAGCCGGAAGGGAGCCAAGAAGACCCAAGGCAAGCGGCAGGUCGACGCCGACGAAGAGGUUCCGGCCAACGUACCAGCAGUAGCCGAAGCUGCGCCUGAUGUAGUAGACGUCGACGCUGACGACAGCGUCGAAGCCAUCCGCUUGCGCCUCCAGAAGAAGCACAAGAAGCCACUGAGCGCGACCACGACCAAGAAGCGGGUCGUGGCCAUCGAUCUGGACGACGACGCGCCCGAGUUUCGCGUUCGCAAAGGCAAGAUCGCGCGGGUGGACGCGCCGGUCGAGGCCGAGCGCGCAUCGACCUCCGGCGCUGGCGAGUACUCACGCGAGAAGCUCGCCGAGCUCCUGGCCCAACAACAGUACGCAUCGACGGCCGCGCCACCAACCCACGACGAGCCGCCGAUCGACGACGAAGCACCGGUCGUUGUAGAGAGGCCGACCGAGCUGCCUGUGUCACCGCCGCAUGACACAGCAUUUGUGCCCGAGAACUUUAUCCCGAUGGGCGACCGGCGUCGUGCGCCGUCGCCGCCACCACCCGUGGAAGAAGCGUCGCUCUCAGAGCCCGACGACAUCGACAUGGGCAACGACGACGAUGGCACCGACGCGCAGUGGGAGAACGAGCAGCUGCGGCGCGCUGGGCUUCCGAUUCCGGCGGCGUCGCCCGUCUUGCAGCAGCGCGACCUAAGCUUUCGAUCGUUUGGCUCGCUUCUCCUCUCGCUUGAGGCAACGACCGAAGCUCUCACGGAGCGUGUGGACCUCCGGGACCGCGACCGCAUGCGGGCGUCGGUCGACGCAGCCCAUGCCUCCAACGCGAUCCGCGAUCUCGAGAGCCAGCUGGAGAAGGACGCACAGACCUUUGACGUUGCGCAAGACAUGUGGGAGUAUCUCUCGACGCUCUGCUUUUGCUUGCGCGCCAAGCUCGAUACGAUCGCUUCGAUCGAGGCGCUCGUGCCCCAGGACAAGCGCAUGGUACUGAUGAGCGAGGCCAUCUGGGCCGACGUCGACGACGACUACAGCGACUUGCAGCAUGUGUUAGCGCGCUUUGCCGCGUGGAAGGCUGCAGACGGUGGUAUGUAUGCGGCGGCGUACGGGGAUCUGGCCCUUGCGCAGCUCAUAUGUCCAUACGUUCGCGUCGAGUUGGCGACGUGGCAGCCGUGGACAUCGUCGCGCACCUUCCACGACAUGCGCUGGCGCACGCUUCUGGAGCACGAAGCGCUGUACGAAGCCGCGAUGGCGCUCGUCCAAGAGCAUCUGCGGCGGUACCUUCCGCACCUCAACGUCUGCUCGCCGACCCAGCUUCAGAAUUUGCGGCGACUUGUGACCCUCUUGACGCCCGAGAGCCGCCCGAUCCACGCCGAGAUGCUCAGUCAAUGCCUCGUGUCCGUUCAAGCGCUGGACUUUGCCAGCAUGAGCAGCGUGGACCUGCGGCUCCUCAAAGACGGCGUCAAGGCGCUAUAUGGGGCGGAUGCGCGCUACGAUUGCGUCCUUGAAGCGCUGCUGGAAGGCGAGGCGCGCCACUGGAUGCAGACAUGUGCGACGGCCGGAACGACACCCAGUCAUGUACAAGGCAUCGCCGCCGCCGUCGAUCUGUGGCCACACGGCAAGAUGUUCCCAAACCUCCUCGUCAACUAUGCCGUGCUGCUGCGGCGCUUUGUCGCGGACGCCACCUCGGACUCGGACGUGGCAUUGGGCCAGGACGUCCUCGCCCGGGUCGAAGCCAAGAUACGCGGAUAAGAUGUAGUAUGGUUGUCAUCGUCUUG